UUGAGGAAUAAGAAGAAGAACUGGAAAAGAAAGAAGAAGAAAACCUCAAACAUAAACAUAACCUUGUAUCUACAAAAUUUUCAAAAAUAUUAUGCUUGCAAAAUGCAAAUAAUGCGACGAAGAAAAUGAAAACAAUGUGAAAUCCUAGAAACUUGAUCUGCAAUCGUUACAAUCAAAUAGCAAGAAUUGCCGGCCUUAUUACCGCAACAAAAUGAGCGAAGCCGUUUCCCUUAUUCUAAACGACAUUCUCAAAGUCGAAGGCAUAGAAGAGGCCUUCAGCUGCUUCCUCGUGCACAAAGCCAACAGCGAGACCGAAAAAAUCUCGCUAUGGCAACAAGAGCUCGGCACGGCCUUCCGGGGUACCAACUCUGAGCAGCUGGACUCAGUUCUGAGACAGUUUCUGAGCGUCGCUUCCAAAUGCUCGCUCAGUCGCCUACAGCUACUCAUGGAGCUCCUGGAGACCGCCGUAAAAACAGGUACUCUACCUGCAAGGAAAGUGUGUGAAAUCAUCAUUACUAGUGACACUCUGCAACAUAACAACAAACAUUUUUGGGUGGAAUCUUUCAAACUCAUCAAGAAAAUUAUUGAUAUGGUUGAAUAUAAAGGAGUUCGAGAAAUCAUGAAGGGCUGUUGCGAAAAGGCCAAACUACUUCCCUGGCGUCUCGAUGCCGGACUGCAGCCUCAAACCCAAGCUUUGAUGGAUUUCGCCGCUAAAAUCAUGGACCGCGACGUCUGUCUUCUGCCCGGCUACCUCUUGGUCAACGAGUUGCAAAAAGCCUACCCGGACUGCCCGCACUGGCGGCUGUCUGCCCUCUUCGCCGACUACGUUGAUGGGUUCCGCGCGUGCGCGCAGAUGGUCUCGGUGGUGGGGCAGGCGGAAAUGCGGCCUGUGGUCGAGCACAGCGGCUGCCCCGAGCUGCUGGUCAAUCCGUGGAAGUUGGACCCGCUCACGUUGAGGUUCAAUCUCAAAGGCACCCUACCCUACGCUUCCUCCCUUCUGGAAAAACAGACCGGCUUGUUACGGUACGUGCUCGAGCAGCCCUACAGCCGCGACAUGGUGUGCGGCAUGCUGGGGCUGAACAAGCAGCACAAGCAGCACUGUCAGGCGAUCGAGGAGCAGCUGGUCGAGCUGGUCGUGUUGGCCUUGGAGAGGACGGAGGCGGAGGGGGAGGAAAGGGCGACGCAGGACCUGUGGCUGCACCUGUCCUCGCAGCUGAUCUACUUCGUGCUGUUCCAGUUCGCGAGUUUUCCGUCGUUGGUUAUGUCGCUGCAUUCCAGGUUGCAAGGCAGAGAGCUGCGCAGAGGCAGAGACCAGCUGAUGUGGGUGCUGCUGCAGUUCAUCUCCGGCUCUAUACAGCGCAAUCCGCUCUCCAACUUCCUGCCCGUGUUGAGGCUCUACGAGCUGCUCUAUCCGGAGCAGGAGCCUGCAUUGCCGGUGCCCGAUUUCAAUCAGCCGCAGUGCACCAGACAGAUGGCCGUCACUUGCAUCUGGAUACACCUCACGAAGAAGGCCCAAACGGAGCAGACCGGCAUCACGUGGCCAGUGCCCAACAAGCUGCGAGCCCACCACGAUUUCCUGCAGCAUUUGGUGCCGCCCAGCAACACUGCCCUCGCGAUGGGCAACGACUACAGGAUAGCGUUGCUAUGCAACGCCUAUUCCACCAAUCAGGAUUACUUCAGCAAGCCGAUGGCCGCCCUAGUGGAGACCAUCCAGGGCGGGCCCAAGUCUUCUGCCCCUCCCACCGUACCGCUCAGCAUGACCGUCCUCGAUUCGCUUACCGUCCACUCGAAAAUGAGCCUCAUCCACAGCAUCGUGACCCACGUGAUCAAGCUGGCGCAGGCUAAGUCGGGCGUGCCGUUGUCGCCCGCACUGGUCGAGACUUACAGCAGGUUGCUGGUUUAUACGGAGAUCGAGUCGUUGGGGAUCAAGGGCUUCCUCAAUCAACUGUUGCCGCAGGUGUACAAGUCGCACGCUUGGGGCACCCUGUACACGCUGCUGGAGAUGUUCAGCUAUAGAAUGCACCACAUCCAUCCGCACUACAGGGUGCAGCUGCUGAGCCAUUUGCAUUCGCUGGCCGCCGUCCCGCAGGCCAAUCAGACGCAACUCCAUCUGUGCGUCGAAUCUACAGCCUUAAGGCUGAUCACUGGUUUGGGCAGCGGCGACGUCCAGCCGGAGCUGUCCCGCUUCCUCGCCGAGCCGAAGACGAUCGCCUCGGCGGAGUCGGAGGAACUGAACCGAGCGCUGGUGCUCACGCUGGCCAGAGCCACCCACGUGACCGGCACCGACGGCCAAUGGUGCCACGAGCUGCUCGCCACCGUGGCGCAGAGCACGCCGCACGCCUGGGCGCCGCACACUUUGGAAUGUUUCCCCAGGGCGUUGGCGGAUUUCUUCGCGCAGCACGCCGUCCCCAAGGAGAACAAGCAGCAGCUGAAGAAGGCGGUGGAGGAGGAAAACCGGAAGUGGGCAUCGAUGAACAACGAGAACGACAUCAUGGCGCACUUUGGCGUGCCUGGAGCACCGCCGCUCUUCCUCUGCCUGCUGUGGCGCAUGCUGCUGGAGACCAAUCACAUCAGUCCCAUUGCUUACAAGAUCUUGGAACGGAUCGGCGCCAGAGCGCUUUCUGCCCAUCUGCGCAAGUUCUGCGAUUGCCUCGUCUUCGAGUUCACCAACACCGGCGGCGGGCAGUACGUCAACAAGUGCAUCGACACCAUCAACGACAUGAUCUGGAAGUAUAAUAUCGUCACCAUCGAUCGGCUAGUCCUCUGUCUGGCCCUGAGACCUCAGGAGGGCAGCGAGGCGCAAGUGUGCUCGUUCAUCAUCCAGCUGGUACUGCUCAAGGCCACGGAGUUCCGCAACCGCGUGCAGGACUUCGUCAAGGACAACUCGCCCGACCACUGGAACCAGAUCAACUGGCACGAGAAGCACCUCGACUUCCACCGGAAGUACCCGGAGAAGUUCGCGCCGGAGGAGCAGAGCAGCGGGUACCAUCCGAAUUUCGGCAACGUCUGUCUCAGGUUCCUCCCCGUUUUCGAUAUUGUGGUACAUCGAUUCCUGGAAAUUCCCCAAGUCACCAAGAGUCUGGAGAUACUGUUGGAGCAUCUAGGAUGUCUGUACAAGUUCCAUGACAGACCUGUCACUUAUUUGUACAACACCUUGCACUAUUACGAGGCCAAGCUGAGGGACAGGCCUCCAUUGAAGAGAAGAUUGGUGGCCGCCGUAUUGGGAAACCUCAAAGACACCUUAUCGGAGCCCUAUCAAGCCUACCUCGCUCGAUCUCCGGAGGAAGUUUGGCAGCCCGAACUGGACUACUAUGUGCAAGUGAUUCGCAGGAUCGUGGGUGUGAUAGGCGGCGGCACCAGUGCCGGCUCGAUGACCGACUGGCGGUUCAACGAGUUCCCCAACGCCGGUGCGCACAUCCUCUACACCUCCUGCGUGGAACUGAUGGCGCUCUCUGCCGGGCCGGAGGAGGUGGCCAACGGUCUGCUCGAUGUCGUCGCCAAAGGUUUCGUGAUGAUCCCGCCCUCCGAGAUCCACCGCUGGCUGAACGCCAUCGGCCUCUGUCUCUCCGCCCUGCCGUGCGCCUAUUGGAGCGUGCUGCACGGCCGACUGUCUGCGACGUUGGCCGAACUGGACUCGUGGCCGUUCGCGUGCUCGCCCUUCCGGCUGUUCGACUUCGCGGAGACGCACGCCGCACUGCUGCACAACCGGUUCGCGUACGCGCUGGCGCUCGCGCAUUCCGUGUGGCAUCACGCGGGGCCGGGGCAAGUGGCCAGCGUGCCCAGAUGGGUAAGGGAAUGUCUGCCGAGCAUCGUCCGCACUGAGGAGCAGUUCCUGUUCGUGUGCCAUCUGGUGGGGCCUUUUUUGCAGCGCUUCAACAUGGCCAUCGUCGAUUUGACCAACGUGCUGUACGAGCUUCUGGCGCAAGUGGAUCAGGCGCAAGCCGAGUUGAAGUAUAUGGAUCCAAUCUGUGAUCUACUGUACCACAUAAAGUACAUGUUUGUGGGUGACAGCAUGAAAAAAGAAUUGGAGGCUGUGGUGAGAAGGUUGCGGCCUCAACUUCAAUUGAGAUUGAGGUUCAUUGCUCAUCUCACAAUAGAGGAAGUUAAUGCCUCCUAGGGUUAUAAUAUGAAGUAUUUGUAUUUUUUUAUGAAGUGAAAUUUUAUUUAUUCUACAAAUAUACAAUAAACAGUACAAUGUUUUUCUUCCUUUCUCUUGUUUUUUCCAUUAACAAUAA